AUGUCUGACUCGGAGAACAAACAGGCCGACGAUACUAUCAACAUCGAAGGAUCUCGCCAGACAUUUCCCAAACCAAAGUGGUAUCGCUCACCCGUCUAUAAUGCCACUAUCCUCGGUCUCUGCAGUUUCGCAGCACCUGGGCUGUGGAGCGCGAUGAAUUCACUCGGCGCAGGUGGUGCUCAGGAACCCUAUCUGGUCAACACUGGAAAUGCCCUCACGUUCUGCUUAAUGAUUAUUUCCUGCUGGUUCACGAGCGGAAUCGUCAAAUACAUCGGUAUCAAAGGCGCACUUGUCAUUGGCACUAUCGGCUUCGCGCCGUACAGCGCAGGCUUGUAUCUGAACAAUCGGUAUGGCGUCGAAUGGCUCGUUAUCUUCGGAGCAGCAUGCUGUGGUAUUUCGGCGGGAAUAUUCUGGUCAGCUGAAGCUGCCAUCGCAAUCGGUUAUCCUGAACCGCGGAACAGAGGGCGCUUGGUCGCAUAUUGGCUUUCCUUUACCAGAUUCAGCCAGAUCAUGGGCGGUGCGAUUAUUUUAGGCCUGAAUAUUGACCGGAACGAAGCUGGCAAAGUUUCGUACAAGGUCUAUCUGAUCUUCAUCGCGCUUCAAGCUCUGGGUCCAUUUAUCGCAUUCCUCCUCAACAAACCAUCCAAGGUGCAGCGGUCCGACGGCCAAAAGGUUGACAUGAGCAUCCAUGAUCAUCCAUGGAAAGAGUUCAAAGCUACUACUCGAACAUUCCUCAAGAAAGAGUUUCUUCUUCUCAUCUUGUGGAUUGGCCAGGGCGUAUAUUCAGAAUCCGUAUUCUUUACCUACAUCGCCCUCUGGUUUAGCGUACGAGCUCGAGCACUAGGUUCUUUCGUCUCUGGUAUUGUUGCAAUCAUUACAAGCAACCUGCUUGGAGUGUGGCUGGACCAGGGCCAAAUCGCUCUCAAAAAGCGCGCGCGAUGGGCAUAUGCUGUAAUCAUGACCCUGCAAGGAGGAUGGUGGAUCUGGUUGACAAUCAAUGUGACCAAGUUCAACCGUGAAGGGGCUCUCUACGACUGGAGCGACCCUGGCUUCGGAGCCGCAUUCGGCGUCUUCGUGUUUCUUGUCACUGGCUUCCAACUAAACUACAACUUUGCUUUCUUCAUCAUCGGAGAGAUCUCUACCAGCCCUCAAGAGACUGUACGUCUGUCGGCGCUGUUGCGAGGCACAGAGUCGGGUUGGCAGGCGCUUAGCUAUGGUCUCAACGCGCUGCCCGUCAUGGCGACUGUUGGUAGUGCAUUCUGUAUCUACCAGUUCAUCACUCAGCUCUUAAACCAUUAUCACAUCGCAACACGAUUUCUCAUCCAUUCUCAAGCCAUCUGGUACCACUCUACCGGUGGACCAACUCAAGGUAGGCAAUACGAGGUUCUCAUUCAGCCGAAACGAUUCGAAAGCCGUGGCAUUGGAAAACACUACUUCAUCGGCGAGAUUUCGCCCAGUCGUUUCGGAAAACUUAAGGCUGCGGCGCAGCGAACUCCUCCCAUGUACUGUCAGCAAUGGGUUGUUGAUGUUCUUCGCGACCUCGAGCAGUGA